GUAAACUCGAACGCAAUAUACUAGAUAUAUCAACCAUCGGCCCAGAACCUCGCCUGCCAAGGUUCGGACAACCGUGUGCCCUUGCUGCCGUCUUCGCUUGAUAAAACUACAUCCGUGUUAUUGAAAAUCUAAUAUGGAAAAUGGUGGCAGCAAUGGCGACCAGGAGGUGUCGACCUCGGAUGCGGUUGAGGCCUUCCUCGCCGACAGCCCCGUAUCGGGAGAGGCGGUUGCGGAUUCAGUAGCUGCAUUCAUCGAGCGGCACAGGAGCAGUGGCAAUACGGCCUUUACCGGACGUGCCGGGCCCGGGCUCAGCAGGCCCAUAGUGGUGGUGACCUCAGGAGGAACCACAGUGCCCCUUGAACGGCGCUGCGUGCGCUUCAUCGACAAUUUCAGCGCCGGCACCCGCGGUGCCAUAUCAACAGAGCGCUUUCUGGAGGCCGGCUACGCGGUCAUCUUCCUCACACGCACCGGCUCCCUCCAGCCCUUCUCCCAAAUGCUGCCCGCCGCCGACCCGCCGGAAGUCAUAGCCCGCGUCGCCAUGCUACAGCCGCCGCCGGCAGUAGCACCGGCUGAGGGCAGCCUGGACGGCAAAGCGGUGUCUGCCAGCAGUAGCGGCGGCGCUGAUGCUGACAACGUUGUGAUCCGCCCGGAGCAGAUGGCGGCGUUGGCGCGGGUGCUGCGGGCGCAGCAGGCGUGCCGGGAGCACGGCACCCUGCUGAUCAUCAAGUAUGAGACCAUCUUCGACUAUCUGACCUACCUACGCCUGAUUUCGGAGCUGCUGCGGCCGCUGGGUCCCGACGUCAUGUUCUACCUGGCGGCGGCCGUCAGCGAUUUCUACAUCCCCUGGAGCGAGCUGGCGGAGCACAAGAUCCAAAGUGCUGACGGCCCUCUGGAGCUGAGCCUGAAGCGGGUGCCCAAGAUGCUGGGUGAGCUGGUGAACAAGUGGGCGCCACGGGCCUUCACCGUCAGCUUCAAGCUGGAGACCGACCAGCGCAUCCUGGUGCACAAGGCCUCCACUGCGCUGCACCGCUACGGCGUGCACCUGGUGGUGGCCAACCUGCUGCACAACCGCAAGGACGUGGUCACACUCGUGGAGCCGCUGGGGGCAGCAGCAGCGGGAGCAGCAGCAGCUGGCCCGGCAGGGGGCGGCGCAGCGGCGGCGGUGGAAGACCAGGCGGAGGGGGUGCGGACGGUGGAGCUGCGGCGGCCGCCGUUAGAGCACGACAUUGAGCGCCUGCUGAUUGAGGAGGUGGCGGCGCGGCACCGGGCGUUCUUUGGGAAGGCUGCGUGAUGAGUUGAUGACGCCGGCAGAGCACGACGUGAUGCACGGCUCGGCAGCGUGUUGGUGCUGAUGCAUGAUGGUGAACUUGUGCAGGAUGGCGGUUGUCAUUGUUGUUGCGUUGCCAUGUACUUUGCAGGAUGGUGCAAGGCUCAGGCGUGGGCAUGCAUGCACGGAGCCGUCAGUAUGACUUCCCGUUGCGGCCGGGCUGGUUGGCGGGCUCGGCGUGUUCGUAAUAACGUACGCGCAUAAGUGCAGAAUGAAGUACCGUAUCAGCGACGAGCUGUCGUGCGCCCCAUACCAAUCUUCCAGGCUUGGAGGGCUGUAAGCAAACUACGGUAGUUUCACCCUUAAUUACGUGGGUUCGGCGCUUCGGUCGCUGCGGGGCGUGGGAGACCGGAAACUCGUGAGCGGUGGGCAGCGCUCGUAUCUUCCUUCGUUCGGAACGAAAUUUGCCCAAAAAGGCCUCUGGCGGACGAAAUGUUUUUGAUCUUGACUUGGA